UCUGAGCUCUCGUCAUCAGCGGCGGAUUAAACAAGUGAAGUGGUCCACGGGAAAUGUAGCAAGGGUCCUGGUUGGUUGGUUGUCACCUGGAGUUCUCCACAAACUACUUCAGUAGCAACACACACCCCUAGUUUAAUGCACCGUGUUUGCAUGUUUGUGUGGAGCUGUGUGUGUACAUAGUGAAGUGUUUGGGGGAACUCUGGGUGGCAAUCAGCAAUUUGUGCUAUCUAGCUAGGUCUCUGAGUGCAGCAUGCACCUUUUUUUUCUAAGUGCAGCAUGUACUUUGGAGAUCGUACUAGAUCGACCAGCAUAUGAUAUAAGAUAGUGGGGGAAAACAAUUAGGUUAGGUGUCCCCGGGAGUUCUCUACAAGCACUUCACGAUGCACUAUUUUGAGAGCUUUUGUGAAGUGUUGGGGGAACUCUCGAUGCCACUAACCAUUUGCUAGAGGUUGUGGCCAAGUGCAUGCCACAUGAAAUGAUUUGAAGACAAAUCAUAUUUGGAAAUAAUAUAUCAAGUUUGGUGUCCCUAGGAGUUCUUUGCAAACACUUCACAAAAACAUUUUUUAAGAGCUUUUGUGAAGUGUAUGGGGGAACUCUCGGUGCUACUGAUCAUUUGCUAGAUGUUGGUCAACGUACUGCAAGCCACAUGAGAUAAUUGAAAGAGUUAGGUUUGGUGUCCCUAGGAGUUCUCUGCAAGCACUUCACGAGGCAUCGUUUUGAGAGCUUUUGUGAAGUGUUUGGGGGAACUCUUAGUGUCACAAAUCAUUUCCAUAUACUAGACGUUGGUCAUGUGCCAUGUGAUAUGUGUUGAAGGCCAGGGCAAACGUUUUGUGUUACUAGGAGUUCCCUAAAAGCACUUCACGAGACCUUGGCUUAAUAAAGGGCCCUUGUGAAGUGUUUGGGGGAACUCUUGGUAUCAUGAAGCAUUUAGUUAUAGUAUAUAUGAUGUCCACAUGAAUACCAUGUGCGAUACAACAUUGAACAAUGUUCGGUGUUACCAUGAGUUCCCUUCAAGCACUUCACAUGAGGCACCAUUCAAACUCUGUUUAAGAUUAGGUGUAAUGUGAAGUGUUUGGGGGAACUCUUGGUGAUACUCAACAUCCAUACACAUCUUGAAGUUGAUGAUACUCAAUGCUCAUGUAAGUUCCCCUGACCCCGACUCUAAAAUCAUGGUUUCAACUUCCAAGUUCCAUAUAUGCAUGUGCUUUGUGAGAUCUAGAUAUGUUUAUUCAUAUGUUUUCUAUUUUGACACUAAUCUAUGCCAGUAUAUAGCUAGCGCUACCAGAGCCACAUUCACUUUCACACUCAUGUUGAGCUAAUUAAUAUUUAUACAAAAAUGUGUAAAGCUCCAGAUGCUUUCUAUUCUAGCUCAACCUUACGACACACAGGGCGGAGCCACACUGUCAAAUGUGCAAUUAUGUUCCUUCAUAGGAGAUGCUCCCAUGGAUGUAUGAAUUUCUUGCCUCACCCCCAAAUAGAUUAACUAUAUCCAUUUGAUAGUUUGUAUGAUUCAUCUAAUGUGUCAAUAAAUGGCAUAUCAUGCUAGUUUAUAUUUAAAAAAAUACGAUGAUAGUAUAGUUUGCCCCCUUCCCCAAACAAUUAGAAAAACUACCAGUCUACCAUCAUGCGUCCUCCCAACGAAGCCAGGUCGUAAUAACUUUUUUUAUUAGUUGGAUCAUUGGAUGGUUGGGUAGUCCAAUCAGAGUUUGGAUUAGCUAUAGCUUUUCUUAGAAGUUGUCUAUUACCUCUAGCUGAUUUAAACGUGAUCUUAGUGCCAGUGUGGCUUCUAAAAAAACCUUCACCUCAAGGUGAACAAAUGAAUGCCGCAAUGUGCUACAAACAUAAUGGAAUACAAAUUGAUGUUUAGAGUUACUAGAACAUGCAUGUAAAUAGUGGAAUAGUUAGUACGUAACCUUUUGCUUACGAGUUGCAUGCAUAUGCACGUUAGACGACAUGUGUUAUAGUAUAUAUUUUCCAAUUUUUAUCUUUAUUCUAAUAUUAAAAAAGCGAAGCGUUGACACAGCUGACCUUUAGGGCCGCAAAAUCAGCCUCCAUAGCCUAGUGCAUGAGCAGGCGGAGUUUUCCUUGCGCGAGUGACAGCAAGUAUAAUAACAGACUAUAAGCCGGCUAAAUACUAAGGUAGAAGGAAAAAAAAGAGAGAGAAGAGAGUAAAAGCAGGUUAUACGAGAAGAAAGAAAGUUUGUGAAAAAGACAAAUAAUGGAUUAUGCAUUAAUAAUAAUGAGAUAACCACUAUACAGGUGAGCUAUAAAACGACUAAAAAAACCAAACAACAGCCGGCUAUAUUAUUAGUGAACCUCCCCGCAGGCGAAGUUGGCGGUGGAUUAGCAGCGGUCGCUGCCAGUGCCAGCACCCCUAAGCGGCAACAACAAGACAUGACCCAAACAUGCCCACAUCUUCUUCUACCCCUAUCUGUUGCUGCUUAUGCGCACAAAAAAAGAAAAGGAUUAUCAAAAGAGACUCAAUCAACAGUUAUCAAAAGAGCGAGACUCGAUCAACAGUUUGGUUUGUUUGUUGGAAAGAAGGGAGUAUAACUAUCUACGAAAGAAGAGAAUGGAGAAGGGAUAAGGGCAGCGGAAAAGAAAGAUUAAAUAAGUAGGCUAGCUUAUAUAUGGCAAUAAGCGAGUCCUAUCCAUCAAUAUUGUAAACUUAUAUAAAUAAUAAAAAUUAUAGUCUAAAAAAGACAAAUCCUAGUUAUAUUGCUCCUUUGAUUAUUACAUAUUUUUCAUCAACAAUAAAAGAGUUAAAGUCCAAACACAGAACAUCAACUAAAAGACAAAAAAACAACACCACUAAAAAAAUUGUCCAGUGAUGAUACCGAGUCCAGUUCCAAGAUAUAUUAGACUCGGUGCAACGUACGAACAUAUUUGCUAGUAAAAAUAAAUUCACAUUAAUGAUGGACACAACUAUUUCACAUAUAUGUUAUUUCCAUUAGUUUCAGUACUCACUUUGUAUCUGUAGUAACUAACUACAUUUUUCAUUUCUCAUGAAUAUUUUUUAUUUGCACACACAGGUAAUAUAGUACUCCAUCUCCUUCCCCCCCCCCCACCCCACACACACCAAAAAAAGUUCAACUCGCAUUUUUAAGAGUUAUAAAUAAUUUUAAAUUUGGUUAAAUGUUAUAAAAGCAAAUGUUAACAUUUAUGAUAAGAAUAAGCAUCAUCAAAAUAAUAGUAGAAUAUAUCUUCAUAAUAAAUCUAUUUAGAAAUACUCUACUUUCUAUAAACUUAAUGAACCUUUUUUUACUUGGUUUGAAACUAGAAUAUAAUUGCACUUUUUUUAACUAUCGGUCAGGGAGCACCUAGGGCUACUAGCCUACUACGCAGACCUGAAGGCUAAGGUCAGUAAAAGGUGAGAUUCCAUUACUUCUUCUUUUUUUUUUCUUUUUCUUUUUUCUGAGAGAGAGAUGCGAGGGUUGCAGAACAUUGCUUGUUCAGCUAAACGGUGCCAAAGCCUGCGGCCCAUGUUACGAUUUGGACAGCUCAAGACUAGUGCGGGCCUUCAGGGAACGCGCAUGCAGGCACGGCCCUUUUCCUAGCUAAAAAAAAGCACGGGCCGUUUUCGCCAAGAGAAAGCCCAUCAAGGGGCUUGCAGGCUUUCAGUUUCAGGCUAAGGCUUUCAGCAGAGCGUGACAAUCAACUUCAACUGAUCGACUCUACAAAACGAAAAGUGUUGGCGCUGAACGUAUUAUCUAUAUAUCAUUCGUAUGAUCAUCUUGUGCUGUAAACCUGUGCUUUUGUCCAUUUGACACUGUGUAUGCAUGGAUGACUGUGACUUGCUGACACCGACAGUAUUUUCCUACUGUAUCAGUUUCCUGUCGCUGAUAUUGCAAUGCACUAAUGCCUUCUAAACCCUGCUACUACACUACAUCGGCUGUGAAGUCUGAAUAAAAUGCGUAGCACGCAGACAACAAUGGUUUUCUCGAUUGUUGUAAUCCUGAUGAGGCUCAAAUAUGAAAGAUGGUCAAACAAUGAUAUAUAUAGGAGAAGCGAUUUAUUAACUAUCUCCAGUGAAAUGAAUCAGUAGAGACAUUGAACAUGCACUUUCUAUAAAAGCUGGGUUCUUCUUCUCGCUCCCGAAAAAAAAAUCAGGAGGGAGACCUUUUCUCCUCCAUUACUUAUUGUACCAUGAAAACAAAACAAUGGCAACCACGAUGGAGAGAGACUGGCAUGCAACCAGUGGAAGCCAGUGGCCUAAACUAAACAGUCGGAACCCCACACCAAAGCAGGGUGCUUCAGCCAAGAACUGCUCGUGUCCACACGCUACGCCGGGGACGCCGCGCGGACCUCCGGUGCCGGGUUUAUAACCGCCACGCCUCGUCCUCUCAGCUACCACCCACUCCACCCCCUUCCUCCCUUCCCGGUGACGUGAUCGUCAGCCAUGGCUAACAGGGUCGCCGUCGCCAGCGUCAUCGCCGCGGUGGGCAUCGUGGCCGUGAUCGGCACCAUCGCCGCGGUGACCAGCGCCAAGAAAGUGGACGACAACGACGCCGGCGGCUUGUUUUCCAGCGUGAAGCUCUCCACGGUGUGCGCCUCGACGCUGUACCCGCAGAAGUGCGAGCAGAGCCUGAAGCCCGUCGUGAACGACACCUCCGACCCGGAGGACGUCCUCCGGGCCGCGUUCAACGUGGCCCUGGACGAGGUCGCCGCCGCCUUCCAGCGGUCCGCGCACAUCGGCAAGGGCGCCACGGACAACCUCACCAAGAACGCCAUGGAGGUGUGCAAGAAGCUCCUAGACGACGCCACCGAGGACCUCGGGGCCAUGUCGAGGCUCAAGCCCCAGGACGUGGUGCGCCACGUCAAGGACCUCCGGGUCUGGGUCUCUGGCGUCAUGACCUACGUCUACACCUGCGCCGACGGAUUCGAGAAGCCCGAGCUCAAGGAGGCCAUGGACAAGGUGCUGCAGAACUCCACCGAGCUCAGCAGCAACGCGCUCGCCAUCCUCACCCGCCUCGGCGAGCUCCUGCCGGAGGAAGCCAAAGCUCUGAACGCCACCUUGGCGGGUGCGGGGCACGGCCGCCGGCUUCUUGGCUGGCAGAUGGGCGAGGCCGAGGAGGUGACCAGCGGAGGCCGCGGGCUUCUGGCCGUCGAUGACAAGCUGGGCGAGAUCGCGGACGUCGCGAGCGCAAACCGGAAGCUCCUGUCGGACACGCUGGACGAGAUCGCCGGCAUGUCCCACGGCGCGAACGGCCGGCGCCUGCUUAGCACCCUGUGGUCUCAGAUAACCAGCACCCAGGGAGAGGACGUCCUCGCCCACCAACAAAAGCUGGGCGUGUCGCCAGACGACGAGACCGAUCACGCCGCCCGGCGCAACCUUCUGUCGACCGAGCUCGACAGCAUCGCCAGCACGUCCGCCGAGGCAAACCGCCAGCUUCUCGCGGCGGAGGAGCUCCCCGACGAGCUCGCCGGCAAGCGCCAGCUGCUGUCCCGGACGCUCAUGGGGAUCGACGAGGCGGCCACCGAGGCCAAGCGCCAGCUUGAUGAGGCAACGACGGAGAACACCAUGUCUGAGACUGAGCACAGGGUACUGACCACUGACCUCGUCGGCACGUUCGACGAGAUCCAAGACGGGCGCAGCGGGGCGCCGCCCGGCAACUUCCCCAAGUGGAUGUCGGCCACCCAGCGGAGGCUCCUGCAGCUGCCCAGCCUGCAGAAGCCCAACAAGGUGGUGGCCCAGGACGGCAGCGGCGACUUCAAGACCAUCAGCGAGGCCAUCGCCGCCGUGCCCAAGACCUUCGAGGGCCGCUUCGUCAUCUACGUGAAGUCCGGCGUGUACAAGGAGUACGUCACCGUGCCCAAGAACAUGGCCAACAUCUUCAUGUACGGCGACGGGCCGACGAAGACGGUGGUGACCGGCGACAAGAGCAACACAGGCGGGUUCGCCACCAUCGCCACGCCCACCUUUUCCGCGGAGGGCAACGGGUUCAUCUGCAAGUCGAUGGGUUUCGUCAACACGGCGGGGCCGGAUGGUCACCAGGCGGUGGCGAUGCACGUGCAGGGGGACAUGUCGGUGUUCUUCAACUGCCGGUUCGAGGGGUACCAGGACACGCUGUACGUGCACGCGAACCGGCAGUUCUUCCGCAACUGCGAGGUGCUGGGCACCGUGGACUUCAUCUUCGGCAACUCGGCGGCGCUGUUCCAGAACUGCCUGAUGACGGUGCGCAAGCCCGGGGACAGCCAGUCCAACAUGGUGACGGCGCAGGGGAGGACGGACCCCAACAUGCCCACGGGGAUCGUGCUCCAGGGCUGCCGCAUCGUGCCGGAGCAGGCGCUCUUCCCCGUGCGGCUCCAGGUGCCCAGCUACCUCGGCCGGCCAUGGAAGGAGUACGCGAGGACGGUGGUGAUGGAGAGCACCAUCGGCGACCUCAUCAGGCCGGAAGGGUGGGCGGAGUGGAUGGGCGACCUCGGCCUCAAGACGCUCUACUACGCCGAGUACGCCAACACCGGCCCGGGCGCCGGCACCAGCAAGAGGGUCAACUGGCCGGGCUACCGCGUCAUCGGACAGGCCGAGGCCACGCACUUCACCGCCGGCGUCUUCAUCGACGGCAUGACGUGGCUCCAGAGCACCGGCACGCCAAACGUCAUGGGCUUCACCAAAUGAACGAAUUUUUUUUUUUUGCAGUGAUUUUUUUUUCAUUGUUUUUUGCAGUAGUAUGUUGCAUGCAUGCAGCAUGCUUUUGGGUUUGUCAGGGAACGGCUAGCUUUUUUGUUAUUAUAGCUGGAGGGAAGCUCCUGUGCACGCAUGCACGGUGAAUAUAGGUGAUCUAAGGAAUAAAGUAUCAGUCAGAUGAGAGCGUGACUGUGAGAGAAAGACAGCUUAACAAAGAACUAAUUAAGCAAGUUCAGGAUUACCUUUUUGUAUUAAUUCUACUGUCUUUUUUUGCA